AAGGUUAUGUUCAAUUAAACUAUACUAACUAGUAUAGCAUCUCUGUAAUUAAAGUAUUUCAAUUUCAAUUGGACUUUAGCUGCUUUAUUAAUCUGACAAAAUCUCAGUUGCAGGUAUUUAAGUUUUCACACCUCAAGGGGAGAGCACAAUCAGAAUAUACUAAACCCCUGUGAAAAGUUCAACCAUUUAUCAAUAGAAUUCACUAAAAUAUGUGUUGUAAUUCAUAUUUUUCACACACUAGAAUUAGCACCUUAUAGAUUUGCAUCACAUGUUUGCAGAACCAUUGUAAAAAGCAGAUUUCUGUUAAGAUUUAGAAAACAGUUGUGACAGUUUUGUCAAUGGCAGGUGAAGUAACAGUUCACAUCUGUGUACAUGUGUAAAUAAAAGGGAGGUGAAGCCCCUAGGAUGAUGUGUUCUUCUGCUUAGGGUAAUGAGGGUAAUGGCAAGUAUUGUAACAGGGAAAAAAUAUGGUUAAAUCCCAAGGUGAGGGUGGGUUGGAUGAUCCUGUAUGUGGGUGCUUACUCUGCAGGAAAGGCGGAAAAGAGGGGGUCCCACACUCCCUUUGCCUCAUCAAACAGCGAUUGGCUCCUGCGGAGUAAAUCUCCUAUCACAGAGCUUACCUAUCUCCAGUGGUGGAGGAGGGAGGAGGGAGAACAAAGCCAGGUGACCCCCACAUUUAAAGUACAGUGAGUUCGCUUUACGUGUGUUUUAGUUUGUCUGUGUUUGCGUGUGUGCGACUGUGUACGUUUGUGAGUAUGUGUGGGUACCUCUGGCAUCUCUGGUUUCGUAUUCGGUGUUAAAUUACCCAGUGGGAGCUUUAAUAGAGCUUGAGACACUCUUGAUUGUGAGUCUGGAUAAGGGAGAGUGAAGGGAGUGAAGGGGAGCAGAGCGGAGCUGCCAGGCAGGAUUAGAGAGGACACAAUAACUUCUGCAGAGCGGGGACAUGGAUUACACAGAGGUCUGAACCCAAAAAGUAGUGUACAGCUGCCUUAAUGAUAACCAGGAGGAGGGAGCCCCUGCCAGGAUCUUCCGUGUGGCACUGGCUGUGGUGUCUCCUCUGUCUACAAAAAAACGUUGAUAGACAGAGCUGUGGCUAGUGACAAGACAGGCAAUGGAGGUGCCACUAGUUAAUUUUGAGAACAUGGAUGAUGUUGGCAUCAACCUGGGAGACCCAAGUGAUUCUGGGUACCCAACCUCACCUACAUCAGAGGCCGCUGAUCAGAACCUUUUAACCCAGCGUUUGACUUCUCCUCAACAGUCACCACACAGAAGACGACGCAGCCAUCAGUCUGGUGCAGAGGGGCUCUCACCUUCCACUCCUCUUACACUGACCACUAAAGCCAACUCCAGCAGUGGCAGUUUGAUCUCUAAUCUAAAGCUCCUGAUCAACAGUGAGUCUCCCACCAACAGUGUCUUCAGUAAGAUGCCAAGGGAUUAUUACGAGAGUGAAGAUUUGUUUGAAAAGCACUACAUGGAAGAAAAAGAUGAGAAAGUUGUCAUCAAUAUUUCAGGACUGAUGUUUGAGACCCAGCUCAGCACCCUGAAUAAGUUUCCAGAGACACUGCUUGGAGACCCUAUGAAGAGGAUAAGCUAUUUUGACCCGAUGAGAAACGAGUACUUUUUUGACAGAAACCGUCCAUCUUUUGAUGGGAUUCUCUACUACUAUCAGUCAGGAGGGAGAAUCCGCAGACCAGCCAAUGUACCUUUAGAUGUAUUUGCAAAUGAAAUUGUUUUCUAUGAAUUGGGUCAUGAAGCAAUGGAGCAGUUCCGUGAAGAUGAAGGGUUUAUCAAAGAGCCAGAAGUUCUUUUGCCCACCAAUGAACUCCAGCGACAGUUUUGGCUACUGUUUGAAUACCCAGAGAGCUCCAGUGCGGCCAAAUCUGUUGCUCUGGUUUCUGUCCUUGUUAUUGUCAUCUCUAUCUUCAUAUUCUGCCUAGAGACUCUGCCAGAGUUCAGGGAGGACAAUGACUUUAUUCCGGGUGUAACCCAAUUUAUCAAUGGCACCCGAGAAGAUGCUAACCUUCAUCAGACCACUAAAAACCUGCUAGCAUAUUUCACUGAUCCCUUUUUCAUAGUGGAGACUAUUUGCAUAAUUUGGUUUUGCUUUGAACUCGGUGUCCGCUUCGUAGUGUGCCCAAGCAAAAGUGAUUUCUUCAAUAACAUCAUGAAUAUCAUCGACAUCGUCUCUAUUAUUCCUUACUUUGUAACCCUGGGAACAGAGCUGGCUACAACACCUGAUGACGAUAUGAACUCUAGUCAGAACAUGUCUUUAGCAAUCUUAAGAAUCAUCCGACUAGUGAGAGUCUUCAGAAUUUUUAAGCUCUCCCGACACUCAAAGGGACUUCAGAUUUUGGGGCAGACCCUGAAAGCCAGCAUGAGGGAACUGGGCCUGCUAAUCUUCUUCCUAUUUAUAGGAGUCAUCCUAUUCUCAAGUGCCAUCUACUUUGCAGAAGUGGAUGAGCCCCAGACACAAUUUGUUAGCAUCCCUGAUGGCUUCUGGUGGGCUGUGGUAACAAUGACCACUGUGGGAUACGGCGACAUGUGCCCCAUCACCAUGGGAGGCAAAAUGGUCGGCACUCUCUGUGCCAUUGCUGGUGUCCUGACCAUUGCCCUGCCCGUCCCUGUCAUUGUGUCCAACUUCAACUAUUUUUAUCACCGUGAGACUGAGCAGGAGGAGAAACAGGUGAUGGAUGCAGCGGCAGAGGCUGCCCAGAAAAUGUCAGCUGCAAAUAAGUGUGGAAGCACACUUUCACUAAACAAAAGUAACAGCACCUGGCAGAAUGAAAAGAAUGGCAUGCACUGAUAAAGAAACUCAAGUAUUUAUUUAUAUAAAGGGCAUGAAAAACAAAUGGACAAAACAAACAUAUCCAUUAAUAAGAUACACUGGCUAAUCAGUUUAUCUUUCUCUCUAUUUUAUACAACAAACAUGGCAGCAUUUGUGCAGAUAAUUACAGUAUUAAUAAGAACCGUGUGGUCCUGUGGCAACCAAGAUAGGCUCCAGCCACCCUGCAACUCUGACUUAGAUAAAUGGUUAUGGAUAAAUCUAUGGAUGUAUGUUUGGCGAUACAGUUUUCACAGAAGUUGUCUGCCUGCAUGUGAAUGUGUCAAAGUGCAAUUACUACAACUACUGUCAGUUACCUUUAUGAGAAUGACUGAAAGGUAUAACAUAUUAUCUUUCAUUCAGUGCACUUUGAAGAAAAAUGUCAUAGCAAUUAUGUACUUGAGGCAAAUACUUAAUCUUGGAAAAUGUUAUUGUUAGAGUAAAUACUGUAACGACGGGACAUGCAGUUGUUUAAUGUCCCUCUGGGCUGUAUUAGCAGACUAAGUGACGGAAGAAAACAAAUCAAAAAUUAUUUUGAGCAGCAGUAGAACUGGAAGUAUAUUCAGUACUCAUAUUACAUCACAGUCCCAUGUCAGUCUAUACUUCAUCAUAAUCAGCAGAAUCUUGAGAGGACUUGGCAUGAUUUUCAAGGGCAGAUGAAUGUAUCCAGGCAAGAGGACAUCAGCACACGCAGUGACUUAUCAGCAAAUCUAUUCUUGUGGAGAAGCAGCGCUUCUCCAUAUGACACAGCAUAACAAUAGCUGUGUGACAAACAGUUGGCACAUUAGCAUGUCCGCCAUAAAUCUUUUAGAUGGCUGAAGAAUAUAAAUCUAAUAUAAUAGAGUAAAAUGUUGUACAUGCAGUAGUUGCAUGAAAAAGUUUCAGCUUUUAAAAUCAACUUUUCUUUUAUUAUUUGGGAUUUUGCUCCAAAUUAUGCACAUUAGAUAUAUGGAUCACCUUCUAAAGUGUAAUGUGAAUUUACCCUUUAAAAAACACAUCAAUCCAAUGCACUUAAUGCUUUUUUCCACAUAUCUCUUAAGCACUUUUGGAAUUUUGCACCAUCCACUGUUGGCAGGGGAAAAAAAUGUGUAAAAAAAAUGUGAAAGAACAUGUGUCUUCAGUUUGUAUCUGAGAGAGCUGGAGAAAGGACAAAGGCAAAAAAAGUUUACUUUGCACUCUUAUUUGAACAUAUCUCCAUUUGCCUUCUUUCUCUCAUUUUUAACUGCAUGGCAUAGUAUGCUGGAAUGAGGUUUACUUCUUGUUAUCAGCAAAUGAACGUUUGAAUAUUUACUGUGGCUGAAUGCAUUGUAGUAUUUUAACCAUAAUAGUAAUGAGCAUUGUAUUCCAUGUGAUGGGAAAAGCCAAUACCUUAAGUGGAUUUGAGAAAAGAAGGGAACAAAUGAUAAAUGUGCACAGUUUAUUUGAAUUGGUACUAUAUAUGCAUGCCACAUUUUGACCUUGAAAAUGUACUGUAUGUAAGUUUAUGAAACAUAUAAAUACAGCUUGUACUAAAGUGUAAAUGGAUAUAGUUGAAAAACAGUUGGUACCUUUCUAAUAACCUCACAAUAUGCAAUAAUGACGUGACGUGCGGAUGAAAAAAAAAUGUAUUUUUCACCCAUGGAAAGAGCAAUACCUGUAAUUAAAAUGCAAUAAGGUGGCAUCAGCGUCAUCUGGGUACUCAGCACUUUACAAUGUCAUGAAGCACUUAAUAUCUAAGGACUCUUACUGUGUGUGUCAACAUUGUACAGUUCAAGUCAUAAUUUGCUGUUUUAUUUAUUCAGCAAAGAGUGCCUUUCAUUAAACGUGUAUUCUAAAAGUGUGAAGUUUCCUUAGAUAAUUUCUUUUCUGGGAUGAAAUGCACCUGUGUUUUAAUUUAAAUGUUUAAAACAUCUCUUUCCCCCCCUGUGUUUAAUAAUAAUGGUGAUGAAUGGAGGUGUAAGUCUCAGUGUAUAGCUUUAGGCAUGAAUACUCAUUAACGCCUCAUGUUAGCUGUUAUUAACGCCUACUCGCUGUUGGUUCUCUGCUGAUAUCAUGAUGGCAUCCCUCUCUGUAUCUUCAGGUUUCUAUAAAAACUCAUGCCUAACACUGUGUCACAUCACGAGACAGAAAAAGUCAGGCUGUUUUAAAUAUUGAUGUAUAUCAAGACUGGAGGAGCAGAUGUUUGUCAUUGUGUGUUCUCUAAAAAAAAGCCCAUAAAGAAUAGAAUUUCUGUCAGAAAUAGGUGUGAAGAUCAAAAAGGGAUUAUCAAAUUAUAGAGCAAUCUAAAAAUGGGGGGAUUUUGAGUCAAAAAUGUGAAAUAGAAACGUGAUUAGCUUUUCCUUUCUAUUGGCAAAGCUCGUCACUGGAUGGAGAAAUUCUAAUACUGUGUGCCUAACAAUGCCUUUGACUGGGAUCGUUUCUGAAGCAAAAGCACCAAAUUAAAUAUGCAGACCUUAUGAAUCAUUUAUAAGACUAUCUAUCUUGGCUUCUAAGGCUAGGCACUGACUAUUUAACUUGUCUUACUGUCCCAUACAGUCACAGGAAGGAAACAUUUUCAGUUGGUAUGUGUAAACGAUAUCAAGGUAUUAUGAGUGUAGACUUUAUAUAUCUAAUGCAUUUUUUGUGCUAAGUCUUUCCUCCAUCAAAAACGUAGUUGCAGUGUUUUCAUGCUGAAACAUACUGACUGUUUUAUUACCGUCUGUUUGGAGCCCUGUUUGUGUCUCUAGUUAACACUAAGGUCAGCGGGCCACCAUUCUGCCCCACUGAUCACUGAUUGUACAGUGAUAGCCCAAAGACAAGGUCUGGUAGCAUUUUAGCAUUUAACAGACAGGUGGCUCUGGCAAGGUCAAAGCUAAUGUGAGGCUAUCAUUUAUAAUUCAUUGGGUGUUUAAUGAAGAGAUCACAUCUAUCCUGCCUUACAUAAAGAUUCACCCCAAGAAAUCCAUUCAAAGCAGAUGGUCCAGUCACUGUGACACAGCACACUGUACUGCACCCCUUAAUGGAUCUAAAAAUAUCACUGUUGCAUGACUCUGUUUAUCCUUUUACUCUCCAAGUUAGUGACAAGCUCUGUCUCAUUGCUUUAAAAGAAAACAAUGGACUGGUCUCACAUGAAAGCUCAGACAAUGAGUCUCAUAUCAGUAGAUUAGGUUACUGUUUUGUCAGCAGACACGUUAAGCCAAUUUCAAAGCUGCACAGACAGCAGCCUGUGUACUGUAGUUCACACCCUCCUGAGGACAAAGUCACUUGGACCUCUGCAGCUUGUGUUUGUAAUAAAACUCUAAAAAGUCUCCAGUUUCUUCCAGUGACUUGGGUGCUGGAACAAGCCCAGUAAAAACAAUGCUUGAUGACCUUGUUGUUAUAGAGUUUUGAUCAAAGUGUGAAGGCAGCGCUGCAAUGAGUGGCAAUGCAAUCCUCACAGCUUUAAUAUUGAUUAAAGUUCUGCCACGUUCACCUACGGUAUUACUUGAAUCAUUGAUUCUGUGCCAUGAGUUUGCUGACUGAGGACUUUUAGACACGGCUUCUGCAUUACUCUUAUAGCUUCUUUAUUAACUAAAGAACUAAUAUGAUGACCUUAGAAAAACAAAACCAAAGAAGAGCCGCUUUAUAACAAAUGAGCAGUAGAUGUUUGGCACAGGACAAACCAAUCUUGCAAGGUACUCCAUCUGCUCUCUCAGCACUCGAGGAUGAAGAACAGAAAGGUGGACGUACACCUCUUUACAGUGGAGAGGGGAUCAGGCAUCCUGGCACUAUGUGAUAACACGAUGCUCCACAGAUGGGAUUUUGUUGGGAAGUCCUUUCAACCGUUUUGUUGUUUUGUUUGUUCACCUAUGCCGGAGAUCAUUUAUGUUACAUCUAAAAUGUAAUCAUCACGCAUGAAUCAACUUCUAGGUAAUAAUUAAAGAACCUCAAUAUUUCAGUCCUCCUUAUUUGGAUAAGGCUGAUGAUAUUUUAUGUUUC